AAGCAUCUGCAUUAGAGGAUGACGUAUCGCAGACAGCAACUACGAACCUAUUGAUGAUGAAUCAUCUGAUAGUUCCGAUACAAACUCUACUGCCUCCCCCAUGCUUGCGCAAACCGCAGACACCAAUGACGAUGAGUUAUCCGUUACUUCUGGUACAAAUUCUCCAUUACCAGGAAGUAGUGCUGCCUCCGCGCCUAUGCCAAACACAGACACAGAUGACGAUUUAGCUGGUAACGCCGGCGCCGCCUCGG